AUGUCGGAACCAACAGACACCCCUCCAACCGACGGAGAGUCCCCUGAAGUACCCCAGAAUGCACCGCUUAUGGGAUGGCCACCGGGGCCGAUCAGGCCGGAUCGCUUUGAGCCGGUUUUCGACGGUCCCACCUCCCAAACGGUCAUGUCACGAAGCCAAAAGUACUGGAGAAAACUGGCGGAACGCGGUCGUGCCUCCUCCCGCUUCGAUGUCUCACCCCUCGAUCUCAGAGCCCUCCUGUGCAGAAUUCCUGCUUUGCCGGAUUAUAUUCCCAAAAAUGCCCGCUUCGUCGCCGGGUCCGCCCACUGGUCAAACACGGGAACCAAGUGUGACGCCAAGACCCGUGUAAUGCCCCGGAAGAUAUCCCUUAGAGGGACCCAUCCGGUCGUCUGCCGGAUCUCCAGCCUAGAAACCUUCCAGAACUGGGACCGAGACACUCAUAACGGCAUCGCCCUGCUGAUAAUCGGCUGGGCCUAUGUUUUUGGCGUGAAUCUUGCCGAGCGCCAGGGCCGGUCGAUCUGCUAUGCCCCGCAAGAGGCAACCUCCCAAGACGGUGCCGGACAAGAUGGCAUCCAAAUGCUCGAUCUCAGGUACGCCACCAUGGCGGAGAGAAGAUGGUGGAAAGCAAUCCUCGCCAACGGGCGAGGGUGGAGGGUUGAAGGGGACGUUGUUCACCCUUGGGCCAUGUCCAUCGAGAACAUCGGUGUCGACGUGCCUGAUGUCGCAGUCCGCAUGACCGACAUGCCAGCAUCGUCGAUGCAGGCCGCCUCUUAUAUUGGCCGCCUGUCUCUCGCAUACGGUCUGUGGGGCCAGCUCACGGCAUCUCUGGCUGCCGCCUUGUGCAUCCCGCUCCAGUACACCAUCAUGAGCCAUUGGGCGCCGGAAAUGGAUCUUCCAAAGCCCUCAUUGGGUGUGCCACGGUUCGACCCUCGGGGAAAUCCUUGCUUUCUCAGGGAGCUCAAGCUGAUUGACUACUACAUGACGCUCAGCCUCGAUCCCUCUACAAUAGGGUGUGCCAUGUGGAGUGCCUUCUGGACCGAAGGAGUCCCUUGCAACUCGGCUGGUGCGUGGUUCGGGCCCAUCGCAGAUGUUCUUCGCCCUUAUCUCGAAGCCAAUGACCACAAGACCGUUGUCAGGAUCCUCUACCAGGCCUCCCCGAAGGCGGGGCCACUCUGGCUCGGAAGUGCUCUCCUGGGUCCCAGCAGCCUCAUUGGGAGAAUCGAGAUGUAUCUCGACCGCGGCAGAUAUGUUCCCUGCACCGGGCCAGACCCAACGGCGGCGAUCUGGACUGGCCUCCCGCACUCUUUUCUGGAUGGCUACUGCACACGCGGCAUCACCCUCAGGGACACUAUCUCUCGAGCUGACGUGUGGCGGCUGCGACGUGAAUCCUCACACAAGUACAGAAGCCGCGACUUGGACCAGCCUCUCCCCCAUAGCUGGCCACCCUUUGGGCGCAUGAGGGCAGAGGAUGUAGAGCUCGAGAUCCGCGACCACGUUACUUGCAACCAUCGCUGGAAAUACGUGUCGUGGUCAUGGGGCGACGAGCUCGAAGACGUCGGCUUCUCCCUCUGUGGCAAGCUCCUGCGGCCUCUCAAUAUCAUGGCAGGCAAGCUCGACUUCGGAGGAGACUGGUGGUCACAGAGGGGUGCCGCCGUGACAAGCCGAGGGCUGAACCACAUAGAAGCCUCGGACAACCUGACCAGCACCAUGUUCUCCUGGGCGAGGUGUCAGGUCGAGUCGGGCUUCUUCGAGAGCGUCGUCCCCGUCCGGCCGGUCAUCGGCUUGAGGCUGGUGCGGCGCCGGAGCAGCCAGAACACCGGCGAGCCCCGCGACCCCAUCAUCAGGGAGAACGUCGCGAAGUGGGUGAGGCAGGUGGGCGCCUCCGCGAAGCUUGCGCGCGGAGAGCCGCUGCUGAGCGAGGACGAGUCGACGGACGAGUCGGACGCUGAAUACAGUGAGGAGGAGGAGGAGGAGGAGGUGAAGGGGAAAGGAAAGGGGAAGGCUGGCGAGCCUCUGUAG